AUGUCACCUGUGACACGUGGCAGUACACAUAAGCUUGGGCCUGUAAUGUGUGACAAUGCUGCAAACAACAGGAUGGCAAUGGAAGAAUUUGCACAGCUUUAUGAGGUUAAACACCACAAGGUGUUUCCCUGGACUGAGUGCAAAAUCAACUGCCUGGCUCAUGUCAUUAAUCUAGCCACACAAACCUUGAUUGCCACAUACAGCAAAGCACUGCAUUACAAUCUGCAUGACCUGAAAGGUCAUGAACCAACCACUCAGGAUGAGAUUGGUCUUAUUCAGAGUAUUUGUGUCAAGGAGAUGUACAGGAGUGUACAGAUCAAAGCAGGAGUGUCCCAGCCGACCCAACUAUUAAUUGACAUGAAAGUUCAGUGGUUGUCAAUGUAUAUCAUGCUUAAUUGUGCCAAGGCAAACAAGGAGCAUGGUGACACUUUUGUUUACAAGAUAGGUCAUCAAGAGUGCAAUUUGGCCAAACACAUGAAGAUCGACUUUCUUCAACUCUCAAUGGCUGAAUGGACAUGCACUGGCCAAUUUGUGGAUCUCCUUUCAUAUGCUGAUGUGGUACAGCAAGCAUUCUCAUCAGAAUGCAGCUCAACACUGCAUCUUACAAUUCUGGCACUUGAAACACCCUACAAGGCCUGGUCCUCAUGUGCUGAAAGGUUGAAAUAUUUGAGGUUUGCUACAUCACUCCAAGCACCUGGACCAUCAUCCCUCAUGGAGUUAGAGGAACUUGAUGAUGCUGAAUUGGAAGCUGGGAGUGACUUGAAGACUGCAGGUGAUGAUGGUGAUGAUGAGGAUAGUUGGGAUAUCAUGCUUGAUGAUGUGGAAGACAAUGCUGAUGAUGAAGCUGAUGAUGAGGUGUCUGACUUUGAGAUGGACUAG